AUGGGUGGAAGAAAAAGCGUUUGUUGCGAACAGAAUAAGGGAAAGAAGUGGCGGAAAAUAUUGUAUGAACGACAACCGUUUGAAGAUGAAUACAGUGGUGGUAGUGAGUUUCUGAAGGAAUUGAGAACGAAUAUAACAGUGGUGGAAUACUCAUUUGUGGAAGCAGUAUGCGGUGCCAGUCUUGUCAUGCUUCACUCUAAUGCUAUUAUAUUUUAUUAUUUGGUGUUCGAUUCCAUCAAAAACAGUUCUAUAAGUUUCGUCCAGCAUUUUUCGUUGAUAUUUGCCAUUGCCUUGAUUCUGUACACUAUCUAUCUGUAUAUGAUCAGACCGAGGAAUCUUCAGGAUCACUUCUACACUUUCAUUACGCUUCUUUGUUUUGGCUAUGUGUUGACACCCGUUAUUAGGACAUUGACGGAUACAAUUAGUACAGAUACCAUAUACGCAAUGUCUUUCAUACUCUUUCUUACGAGCUUUGUUUUCCAUGACUACGCGAUGAUUGCGCCACUGGUUUCAACGAUAUUAUCGGUCAAUCUUUCUUUAGCAGCUUCAGUUUGUUUGGUUUCACGGGUAUCAUCGAAUGAAUCUGCAUUUAGUCUUCUGGCUCUUUCCAUGCUUCUUUUUUCAUACUGGCCACAAAUGCGUAAUAUAUUGUACAGGAAAUGGUCAAAAUCGUCGUUAAUCCUGAUCAUUUUCUCUUCUCCUCUACUUUUCUGUGCACUACACCAGCUUUCCCAUUCACUCAGUGUCCUUUACGUACUUGUGUUAGCAUUUGUUCUCCUAAUUUGCCCAUCGAUCUUGAUGAUCAUGCAGCCCUGGAAAAGUACAAAACAUGGACCAUGGGAUGAAGCAAUAGCAACCUUCGAACGGUGA